AUGGAGGUUUUCCAAGCUCUACGGAGUGGGAGUAAGAUACCCCAUCCACCUGCUGAUCACCCCACUAUUAAUCCUUGGAGGGCACCCCCCAAUGGCUGGUUCAAGGCAAAUUGGGAUGCUAGAGUGAAUCGCCGGAAGGGAUGCGUGGGUAUUGGGGUAGUUAUUCGUGAUCAUCAGGGGAAAAUGUGGGCUUCUAAAUGUCAGACACGUCCUGGUCUUCUAGAUCCCCUUGCAGCGGAGGCCGUAGCCUCUUUCAUGGCAGCCCAACUCUGUCUUGAAAUGGGAAUACGGCAGGUUCAACUGGAGGGUGAUGCAAAGACUCUGGUUGACAUAAUAAACUCGGAUGAAGCUGAUGAGAGUGGAAGGGGACAACUUAUAGCGGACAUUCGACUUAUUUUGCGCGCUAUUCCUUGCUGGGAGAUGCGUUUUACACACCGUGAAGGAAAUAAGGUGGCUCACUUGUUGGCUAAAUUGGCUAAGCAUGACACUAUGAAUAAGGUGUGGCUAUAUAACCCACCAGACUGUACUUGUGAUAUUUUGCAAGCAGAGAUUUCUGCUUUGCAAUGUUUGCAAUAA